AUAACCCCCGGGCCCGUUCGCGGGCCCGUCCCCGCGCUCUUCGCCGCCCUAACCGGAGGCCCGGCCCUGCCGCUACCGAGCCAGGAGACCGCCACGUAAGAGUCCAGCUCUCCACGCCGCUGGAUCUCGUAUCCUCGUGUAUCGGUCAGCGUCGUGUUUCUGUGAGUUUAUUUAUAGAAGAAAUUUCUCGGCUUCCCAUCACUUCCGGUUUCUUGGCUUCUUGCAACAGUAGUCGAAAAAUUUUGGCGCGCAGUUUUAAUAAAUUCGAAAACGGGCGGAGCCACGCCGCGCCCGUCUCUGAUCUCUAUCCCCUGCUCUCUCUUCCUCACGCUAUCUCUCGCCCCGUCUUCGGGGUUUUGUUUCUGUUUUAGGGUUUGGGUCGCUGGAUUCGAUCUAUAGGUUAUCCCCUUGCAAGGGGACAGGACUGGAGCUGGGCGCUACAUCUAGUUCUCCUGUAAGCAUUCUUUUUUCCCCAGUCCUGUCAAACGUUUGGAGAGGAAUUAGAUUUUAAUAGUUUUUCUUGGCAGUAAUGAUAUGUAUAUGCUUUUAUUCCCUCGUCAUGGUGGUUUUUAUCAUAUUUUUGUUGUUUUAUAUGCUACUUUCCCAUCUUUGUCGUCUUGGGUAUGCAGAGUAUGGCUGUGCUAUAACUCUCCAGCAUUCUUGAUUGGAAUAGAAUAAAGAUGUAAACGUUAUUUCGGAAAAAAAGCUUUUUCAAUUGAUAGCAAGUAACGUUUGGAUGAAUUUGAUGUGAGUGUAUUGGAAACGAAGGAUUAUUGGGCUUGUUUCAAGCGUAAAAGUUGUGUUUAUUUUUUCUGAAGGGCAAAAUGGAGGAAGCGAAAUACUUCCCCAAUUUAUUAGUAAGUGUGAAUAUAUACAAGAGAGAGCAAGCGUGAGAGUUGGCUGUGUUUGUUUCUGCCAUGAUGAAACCUAUUUCUUUGUUGAAUCCCCUCUGUGAGUUAAACUGGUUUCGAAUGUGAUCUGGUUUGACUCAAAUAGCUGGUAGAUUUCUUUAAGAUAGGUUAUGUGCUAAAAAGCUGCAGUUCUAUGAAAUUUAUACCCAUUCAUUUUUCUUUAUUGACAUGAUAGCUGCUAGUGAUCUGCUUAUUUCCUUCAAUGUUUGUUGAGAUGAAGCACAUAAUUUUCUGAGAAUGGAAACUAAUGGGACAAUGCAUCUUUUUUGUGCAUAUCAGCAAGGGCGUCCUGGUGUUAAUAAAUUCUUAGUCUCAGUCUGAAGAGGAAGUGGGUGAUUAAAGAUAUAAACAUGGAUUUUAGAUGUUUCUAGCUUGCUGUAUUAUAAAUUCUUUAAUUUUCCUGUGUCAGAUGAUAUAAAGCAGACAAAAACAUUAUGUUUGACUGAUGUAGUCUUUGUUGUUUGUGUUUUUUUCUUGGAAUUAAGCUUAAAGGUAAUAAUGGGAAAAAAGGUUCGGAAACUUGGAAAAUUGCAUAAAAUUUAAUCUAUUUGGGGAAAUAUUAUUCCCGAUGAGUCCAGAAUCCAUGGCAUUCAAACAAAAGAAACGAGUGAAGAAUGCACGCAAUAAGUACUUGAAACCUGGUGCACUUGCCCAGCUCCGUGAUAGCAGGACCACAACCAGAUCUUGCACAGAUAUAGGCAAGAAAAGGGUUGUCUUGGAUUCAGAGAAGGCAAAAUUAGAUUUACUGCAUCAGGAAGAGGUUACUGUUCACAGUAAUACAGCUGCUGCAUCUCCAAUUAGGACCAAUUUCCAGCCUAUGGUUGAUGGGAAUAAGCAGCAGAAAUUGCCUGAAACACCUAAAACACCAGAAGGGGCAGACUGCGAUAAUCAGUCGAGCCUUGAAUCUCUUCCUGUGGACCUCCUGGUUAAAAUCCUAUGCCACUUGCAUCAUGACCAGCUAAAAGCUGUUUUCCAUGUUUCUCAGCGAAUUCGGACAGCUGUCCUUCUGGCCAGGCAACUCCAUUUCAAUUUCACAACUCCUGACCGGUCUAGACAAGAGAUGCUUAGAACAAAGACACCUCUUCCAACAGAGCAUUGGCCUUUUGUAAGCAAGGGAGGUGGGAAGGGUAUCUGUGCAUCAAGUCCGCACACUCCAAAAGCUCCAAGGCCUGGACCUCGUCCUCCUCGUCUUCACAUGAUGGAUAUGAAACAGAUUGCAGCCGUUCUUUUCCAGGAGUCUGUGUUACCUUCGAAGUGCAUGGUGCCACCAGGUUUGCCAAGGCCUGUUUUGAAGCCCAUGGCUUCUAAUAGAGUUCUAAUUUACGAGGACGAGCUAUGCCAGGCAGUAGCACAGAAUAAGCUGCGUUGAAACUUCUACCAACUCUGCUAGCCAUGUUGUCUUCUUAUCUAGUUCUUUCCUAUAUGUAUAUGUCUUUUUUCUCCUCCUCAUAAUGUUCCUGGUAGUAGAACCUGCAGGUUUGUAGCUCGCAAAUGCUGUGUUAGGUAUUAGUGAAAGAUCUGAGAGGGGGCUGAGACAUGGAAAUUAUCAGCUUAGAACACGUUUGUUCAAAAGUCUUUAUAAAGUUUUAGUUGGCCUCUCUGUAUAGUUCUAUAUAUAUUGUUUCUUCUUGAGUUUUUUUCCUAAAUAUGUAUCUUAUAGUUUACUUGUUCAUAUCUAAAUUGCAUAUCAUAUAUAAAGUGUUUUUCUUUGA